UUGGCUUGUAAUUAUCGGAAGUGUAGGCAACCACUAGUCGAAACAGCUAUAGUUACGAUUUGCCAGCACAUAUUUUGUCUUUCUCAUGGACCUAGCCUAGAGGCUGGUCAGCACAGAACUAAUUGCCCUGCGUGUAAUUCUUCUCUUGAUCGAAACGCUAAUGACUUCAUUGAGGUCGAUUUACAACCAUCUGAUCGUUUUAAAUCCCUUAUUCUUGCUGGACAAUCCCCAGACAUUAUACUAGAUAUAACCAAAAGGGCGAUCACUUUUUUCGUGUUACAACAGUCGCUCGGAUCUCAAUUUUUGGAGUACGUUGCUGCAAAGUCGAUAGAAAAAACAAGAUCGAUUGAAAAGGAGCUUAAGUCUUUAAUGUUGAAGAUGAAGGAGGAGAAUUCUGUAUAUGAACACAUGAAGAAAGCUUUGACACAGGAAUGCGAGGAGCUUCGAUCUAAGCUCAUUGCAUCUGAUCAAAAGCUAUCCCACUUGGAGCGCGAGUGUCAGAAAUUGAGAAUCUCAGCUCGGAAUGCCAAUAAUUCUACGUCGAAUGAGGCCCAACUUAUGAAUAGAUCGUUCGCUCAUCCAAAUAACAUAGCUAAAAGUUCCUGGAAGUCAGACUUGAAAAGAACUCAUCGAGAAAUGCAUGCAUCACCAGAUUCACUCUCUGAUUACAGUCCACUGAGAAGCACUAUGCGGGUGCAUCAGGAUGGGCAAAUAUUUGGCCAGCCACUUAUACCGGACCGCGGCUCCCCCUUUCGAUUUGUUCCUAUCAAUUCAUUAAAUCCAGACACUGAAAAAGGCAGUUCAACCAAGGCUUUCCAGUUCCCAUUCGGUAAAUGA